AUGGAUGGAGGCAUGUACGCCGACAUCGAGACGGUACCCUAUCAGGUGAAACAACCGAUUAAAUUCAACAAGUAUCAGCAGCCUAUUCCUAUUUCAAGUACAGCACCCAAAGCCAAAGAUGUGAUUACUGUAUCGGGUUACGGCUACGCUCACGAGGAGCCAAGUGGAGGUCGCCUGAAAAUCGGCCACACCGAGUUAAUAACGAGCGCCAAGUGCCGGCAGAAUUACACCGUGACGGACAACAUGCUGUGCUCGAGCAUCGAACUCCUGGACCUGUGCUUCGGCGACUCCGGUGGGCCCGCCGUCUACCGUGGCGAGCUCGUCGGCGUGAUAUCGCAGGGCUGCGAGUACACGGCGCCCAACGUGUUCACCAAGGUCGCGAAUUAUCACGACUGGAUACGCCGAGUGGCGGGGCUCGAUCGCGAGAAUGAAAAACAUUACAACUCUGUGUAA